AGGAAAAAAGGGAAUAAGUUUUCCCUUCAUUUUUAAUAAAAAAUCAAAUUAAAGUUUUAAAUUAUUAUUUUUUCACUUUUAACCAUAUAAAAAAACCACUGUCGCUUUCGUAAAUUCGCCCAAACGCGGCCCAAUUUUUGUGCGUCUCUCGCUUUUUUUUCUGAUGCAAGCAAUAGAGAUGGCGGAAACACAGCGGCGAACACAUAAUCCAUGGAUGAGUUCAGAGCAAUCCUCGAGAGUUGAAAUCAACGGUCACGAUUUGUCGGUCAUGGAACCGACGAUAACGGACAUACUUGAGACUGAACUCGGUGAGCCUCAGGAUCAGGAUGAUAACGGUCCUACCAAUUCGAAUCUAGGGAUUGGAGAACGAGCUUUCUCUGCUGCUGGUGCUGCCGUUUUGUCCGCCAUCAUCGUUAAUCCGCUCGAUGUUGUCAAGACAAGGUUGCAAGCUCAGGCUGCCGGAGUACCUUACUCACAUCCGUUAAGUAAUCUAAUUGGUCGAAUGGCGUAUUUCGGACCAAAUACGAUGUUUGCUGAUUUAAGAUGUUCACCAUCUUGCACCCGUGCUGGAGUCCAUGGAACUGUAUCAAUUUGUCCUCCUGAUUGUUUUCAGUACAAAGGAACAUUAGAUGUCUUCAACAAGAUUAUACGCCAGGAGGGGUUUUCUAGGUUGUGGAGAGGAACUAAUGCAGGUCUUGCUUUGGCUGUCCCGACAGUGGGAAUCUAUUUACCUUGCUACGACAUAUUCCGCAACUGGAUGGAGGGGCUUGCAGCACAAUAUAUGCCUAGUGCAACACCAUAUGCCCCUUUGUUUGCUGGCUCUUUGGCAAGGUCACUAGCUUGUGCGACAUGUUACCCUAUUGAACUUGCUAGAACUCGCAUGCAGGCAUUUAAAGACACUCAGAUCGGAAAGAAGCCUCCUGGAGUUUUUAAUACCCUUCUAGGAGUUGUCUCUGAUGUCAAGGGCAGAAACCCUCAGAGCAGUUUGCAAGGGUAUCGUGUCUUAUGGACAGGCAUGGGAGCACAGCUUGCUCGCGAUGUUCCUUUCUCAGGAAUUUGUUGGUCAACCCUAGAGCCUAUCAGGAGAAAACUUCUGGGUUUGGUGGGUGAAGAAUCCAAUGUCGCUACUGUCCUUGGGGCAAAUUUUUCUGCUGGGUUUUUUGCUGGAAGCCUUGCUGCUGCUGCUACCUGUCCUCUAGAUGUUGCUAAAACUCGAAGGCAGAUAGAGAAGGACCCUGUGAGGGCAUUGCGAAUGACAACGCGACAGACACUGAUGGAAGUUUGGAGGGAUGGAGGGAUGAAGGGGCUUUUUACGGGAGUGGGUCCUCGAGUAGGCCGUGCCGGCCCUUCAGUUGGGAUCGUGGUUUCAUUUUAUGAAGUAGUGAAGUAUGUUCUACAUAACCAUUACGCAAGUUCAUGACCCACAAGAGCCAGCUGAUCCCAGUUUUCUGGUCUACUAAGAAUUUUGCUUCAUUAAGGACUUGAAAAUUUUGAUUGGAUAAAGGAUGCAAGUAGCAGCAGGAAUAUAUGCUCUGAUAAUAUGCAAAGUUUUGGUGGUGUAGAUUCCUUUGUGUAGGUCUUCGGACGUUUUUAACUUUCUAAAUGUGGAAUAUACAAGCAUACACCAUAGAUUGUCGGUAAUAACAAAGCGGGUUCAUCGCUGUAAAUCCUUAAUCUAGGUCUCCAAAGCUCACAAAGUUAGCACGUUAUUUUUUUCAUUUCUUACACAAUUUUGUUUUGUCGUGUUACUUUUGUUUCUCAAGGCUCAAAGUCGAGCGGAAAUUUUGAUUCUUAGAUUUUAUUUUAUUUUUUGCUGAGGUGGUCUCAGUUCAAUACAUUUCCCCCCUUGAAGAAAUAAGGGGACUAAUUUUAUUUUUUUUAUUUUAGUUCA